AGUCACUGCCCCGAGUUAAGAUGGCGGUAUCGAUGGCAGCUGCCGCCGGGCGACUGAGGCGGGCCAUUCGAAGGUCGCCCCUGUGGGGGGGCCCCAGCCGUCGGCCGCUCUCAUCCGAGCCUCCUGCAGCCCAGGCCAGGGCCGUGCGGGACGCCUUCCUGAACUUCUUUCGGGACCGCCAUGGCCACCGGCUGGUGCCGUCCGCUUCCGUGCGGCCCCGCGGCGACCCCAGCUUGCUUUUCGUCAAUGCGGGCAUGAACCAGUUCAAGCCAAUUUUCCUGGGCACUGUGAAUCCACGAAGCGAGAUGGCAGGCUUCCGACGUGUGGCCAACAGCCAGAAAUGUGUGAGGGCUGGAGGACGCCACAGCGACCUGGAGGAUGUGGGCCGAGACCUUUCCCAUCAUACCUUCUUCGAGAUGCUCGGCAAUUGGGCUUUUGGGGGUGAAUAUUUUAAGGAGGAGGCUUGCAGCAUGGCCUGGGAACUGCUGACUCAGGUCUAUGGGAUUCCUGAGGACAGGCUCUGGGUCUCCUACUUUGGUGGUGACCCCAAGGCAGGGUUGGACCCAGACCUGGAGAGCAGGGACAUCUGGCUCAGCUUAGGGGUACGUGACAGCCAUGUGCUUUCCUUUGGACCAGAAGAGAACUUCUGGGAGAUGGGGGACACUGGCCCUUGUGGGCCCUGUACCGAGAUCCACUAUGACCUCGCUGGUAGGGUGGGAGCCCCUCAGCUGGUGGAGCUUUGGAAUCUGGUCUUCAUUCAACACAACAGAGAGGCAGAUGGAAGCCUGCAGCCCCUGCCCCAGCGGCACGUGGACACAGGAAUGGGCCUGGAAAGGCUCGUGGCUGUGCUGCAAGGCACACGCUCCACCUACGACACUGACCUCUUUUCCCCGCUGCUCAAGGCCAUACACCAGGGUUGCAGGGCACCCCCUUACUUGGGCCGGGUAGGGGCAGCGGACGAGGGGCGCACAGACAUGGCAUACCGCGUGGUGGCCGAUCACAUCCGCACGCUCAGUGUCUGCAUCGCUGAUGGCGUCUACCCUGGAAUGUCGGGCGCCCCGCUGGUUCUUCGUCGGAUCCUGCGUCGAGCUGUGCGGUUCUCUACGGAGGUGUUGCGGGCACCGCCUGGCUUCCUAGGCAGCCUGGUGCCUGUAGUGGUGGAGACACUGGGGGACGCGUAUCCAGAACUACAGAAGAACUCAGCCCAGAUAGCCCACCUGGUAUCAGAGGACGAGGCAGCCUUCCUGGCCUCCCUGCAGCGGGGGCGGCAGAUCAUCGAUCGGACCCUGAGGCGCCUGGGGCCUUCUGAAUUGUUCCCUGCUGAAGUGGCCUGGUCCUUAUCACUGGCUGGGAACCUGGGGCUCCCCCUGGACCUGUUGGAGUUGAUGCUGGAGGAGAAAGGGGUACAGCUGGACUCGGCUGGGCUGGCGCGGCUGGCUCAGGAGGAGGCCCAGCACAGGUCACAGCAGUCCGAGCCUGUUCAGGAGCAGGGACUGCAGCUGAAUGUCCAUGCACUGGGGGAGCUGCAGCGCCGAGGGGUACCCCCCACUGACGACAGUCCCAAGUACAACUACUCCCUGCGACCCAGCGGGGGUUAUGAGUUCAGCGCCUGUGAGGCCCAGGUGCUCCAGCUGUAUACAGAGGACGGGACAGCCGUGGCCUCCGUGGGGAAAGGCCAGCGCUGUGGCCUCCUCUUAGACAAAACCAACUUCUAUGCUGAACAGGGGGGUCAGGCUUCAGACCGAGGCUACCUGGUGCGGGUGGGCCAGGAGGAUGUGCUGUUCCCAGUGGCCCAGGCCCAGGUCUGUGGAGGCUUCAUCCUACAUGAGGCUGUGGCCCCUGAGGGUCUGAAGGUGGGGGACCAGGUACAGCUACACGUGGAUGAGGCCUGGCGUCUACGCUGCAUGGAGAAGCACACGGCCACCCACCUGCUCAGCUGGGCGCUGCGGCAGACCCUGGGCCCUCACACGGAGCAGCGAGGUUCCCACCUCAGUCCCGAGCGCCUGCGCUUUGACGUGGCCACCCAGGCUCCACUGACCCCAGAGCAGCUCCGGGCAGUGGAGGGCACUGUGCAAGAUGCCGUGGGGCAGGACGAGCCAGUGUACAUGGAGGACGUGGCCCUGGCACUCACUGCCCAUGUCCCUGGCCUGCGCUCUUUGGAUGAGGUAUACCCAGACCCUGUGCGGGUGGUGUCAGUGGGGGUGCCUGUAGCCCGUGCGCUGGACCCAGCCUCCCAGGCUGCCCUGCGGACCUCUGUGGAGCUGUGCUGUGGGACGCAUCUGCUGCGCACGGGCGCUGUCGGGGACCUGGUCAUCGUUGGGGAGCGCCAGCUCACCAAGGGCACCACCCGCCUGCUGGCUGUCACUGGGGAGCAGGCCCAGCAGGCCCGAGAGGUGGGCCAGAACCUGGCCCAGGAGGUCGAAGCGGCCACAGAGCGGCUGAGUCGGGGCAGCCAGGAUGUGGCGGCGGCUCAGAGACUCUCCAAGGACGUGGGACGGCUUACUGAUGCCGUGGACACAGCCCUGAUGCCCCAGUGGCAGCGGCGGGAACUGCAGGCCGCCCUGAAGGCUCUGCAGCGGCGCGCCAACGCGGCCAUCCGGAAGCUGGAGCUGGGACAGGCUGCACAGAAAACCCAGGAGCUGCUGCAGCGGCACUCACAGGGGCCCCUGAUCGUGGACACGGUUGCCGCCGAGUCCCUCUCGGUGCUGGUGAAGGUGGUGCGGCAGCUGUGUGAGCGGGCGCCCGGCACCUCCGUGCUGCUCCUCAGCCCCCAGCCGCGGGGGCAUGUGCUGUGUGCCUGUCAGGUGGCCCAGAGUGCCACGCCAGCCUUCACAGCGGAGGCCUGGGCACUGGCGGUAUGCAGCCCCAUGGGGGGCAAGGCCUGGGGCUCUCGAGUGGUGGCCCAGGGCACCGGAACCACUGCUGACCUGGGAGCUGCCCUCAGUACAGCACGAGCCUAUGCCCUCGACCAACUCUGACCCGGCUCACCCAGGGACUCGCCUAGACUAAACAGACAGCAGACGGGCCCGUGCCAGGAACCCUGGAGGAGCCAGCAGAACCUCCCUGGAGGCUGAAGCAAGGGACUGAAGGCCGGAGGCCAAGCAGCUAAGCCUAGGGGGGCCACCUUGGGCCAGGCCCCGUGCGGACACAAGGAGAUGGGGCUGUAGAAGGCAGAAGUGGACCCAGAGACGUUACCCCCCUCCACUGGAUGAACAUGGAGCCACGGACUGUCUUGGCUGUGAUUGCUCACUAAGAAGUAUUUCACCAGGUGGCUUCUGGGGGGCUCAGUCAAGGUUAAGCAUCUGCCUUCGGCUCAGGUCAUGAUCCCAGGGUCCCGGGAUCGAGCCCUGCAUCGGACUCCCCGCUCAGCAAGGAGCCUGCUUCUGCGUCUCCCCCUGCUUGUGUUCUCUCUCUGUGUCAAAUAAAUAACAUCUUUAAAAAGAGAAAAAAGUAUUUUCACCAAGGCGAGCAAGCUCCAAAAACUCUUUUGCUUAAAAACAAGAGCAGCUUUCCCCACCCAGCAUCCACAUCAGAGCUGUCGUCCUCUCCCCUGGUGCUCAGCAGGGCUUCCAUGCCAGCCCGUUCUGGGCACCCACAAGGGUCUCCCUGGCCACCGAGACCCACGCCUGCCCUCUGAACACCAUGACAGCAGGACAGAUCCUCUCUGGUGCCUCUUGCUUCCUUAACAGUGACGUCGCAUUUUCAGAAAGGCCCUGUCGCCAAAAUGAGCCACAGGUACUGGUCAGUUCCUGAGAAUGUGGCCAGAACCAAAGGCCUAAAACUUGCUGCACUUACGGGCUUGCUGCUAGUGGGGAAAUAAGCAAUAAAGAGAAGGAAGCGGAGGUAAGGCAGCAAUGAGGUCUGCAGAGAAAGUGGGACAGGGGUCAGGAGGGUGGGUGACUGUUGUUUCCCUGGGAGGUGGCAUCUGAGGGGAAGGUGUGAGCCACGAGGGUAUCUGAGGGAGGGGUGUCCCAGACUCAGGGCACAGCCAGUGCAGGGGCCCUGCGGGGGAGGUGAGCCGGCACAGUGAGCUGGGAGCGUGGCAGGUGACGGGGUCUGGAGAGCACAGGGGCGGAAGCCACCUGACUAAGACAAGUUGCACAGCACCUGCCCCAAACCUGGGCUGAAGCCGAAGCUGAGAAGUGGCUCAGAGCGGGAGGAAGCCCUCCUUCCCUACAGAAUGAAUGUGCUCAGCACCCAGCCAGACUCGGGAGCCCCACCUCUGUUCCCAGAUCUCUGUUGCUAGAGGAGGGAAAGGACCUCAGGGGACCCAUCUCCAAGUCAAAGGCUCCCUGCUGACCAAGUUCUGGGGCCUUGUAGUUAAAACUGUAAGCACAGAGCAUGGCUUCUGGCAUGAUUUCUCAUUCUAAUUGCAACGGUGAAAGGGCUCGUAAGGGACCAGUCCCUGCCGGGAUGGGAUGCUGGGGAUUCUGCCGGGAUGCUGGACUGCUUGCUCAGCCCUAUGGGCUUGCAGAGCUGUACUUCCAGACCUCGGCACCUGCCACAGUAGCCACAUCUCAGCGGUGCUCACUGGAAGACCAGCUGUUUACCGUGGACGCCGGGGGGAGGAGUUGUGGCGCCCGUUUUAUGAUGAGUUAUCUGAGCUUCUAAGAUGUUAACCUACCCAUGGUAACAUAUUAGUAAUUGGGAGAGCUGAAAGUAAAGCCUCCCCCACCCCAGGAUCCUGUAAGUCUACUUUAACAUAUAAAAAUUCCUUUGGAAAUUUCCUUUAUCUCCAAACCCCCCCAAGAUAUGUGU